UAGCUUGAUCACUUGUGAACUUCAAGAGUUGACUGAGACAGAGCGACAACAAGGACCGCCGCGUAAAUCCCAGCUGAUAUCUUGGAAGCUCGGAGGGCAAGGGAGAAGCAUAAAGGCAAGGCCACGAGUCCAAGCCGCACUGGGACAAUGGCUGCUCCACCUGUGCCUAUCCGAUCUCGAGCUCAUGGUAGCGCCGAAUCCAACGUACCCAGUGUUGUCAAACAGGAUCAUAGAGGACAUCAGAAUGCGGCAGACGAGGCGCAGGUGCAACAAGUGCCAGUCCAACAUCGCCCAGAAGAUCAUGAUGUCGGUGACGACACUAACACGGAAGAGGCAGCUACGUUGCCGAUGGCGGGAGUUACACAGACAAUGGAUGAUCUCCUCUGGCUGGAUGAAAAUGAAUAUAAGGACGUUGUCAAAGGUGCGGAAGAGGGUAGCGCCAUACGUUCGACAAGGCCAGAUGAUUCAGGACGGCUCCUUCCGAAGGAAUUAAUAGAACGACGGAAUACCACAACAUCGGGAACCCCUGGCUUUUCGGGUUCCAAUCCUAGUUCUAGUUCCGGCAACUCUCAGCAGGAUCUCAGCGCUUCUGAGAACUAUUCAAUCUCACAUGAUGGACAGUAUGCCCUCACGCAGCCAUACCCUGAUACAGGAGGAAAGUCGCAAUUUGAGGGCUCCCAGGACGACCCGAACGACUCUGUUCAGGAAACUCAGUCUCCUCAGCAAGUGGUGGCGUCACUGGAAGCCCCAAUAGAGAAUGCGCUAGAAACAGAACCGAUCAAUGUCUCCAGUUCACAGCAGGACCGAAUUUGCGAGACACAGCCUACUUUAUCUCGUCAAGCGUCAGCAGAACCAACAUCACAAGAGGUCUCACAGGAUUUCUUUGCAGUCUUAUCGGAGCAAAUCCUUCAUCCUCAAGAGCGGGUAUCGGCAACGCCAGUCGAACUCAUCAUUAAUACUUCAUCUACACGCCACGUCAGUUCAGAGACUCAGGGAUUUGUAUCGGAUGAUGGCGAUCUAAGGAAGUUGAGGAAGCGAAUGCAUGAAUUGGAGGGUAGGGUGCCUCAAACACAGGAAGAGAAGGGUCAUAUAGGAGUGUCGAACGUGUCGAUCGCGAGUACUGUCCUUGCGCCAGGGCCUACGGCAGAUUCUUUAGAGGGCUCAUUGGAUUCACAUCCAGGACACACUUCAGGGAAUAAUGAAGAUCCUGCAUUCCGAGAGUUAGCUGCUUCAAACAAGAAAGGAGGGUUCCUUGCUGAAUCUGAGGAUGAGCUGGAUCGUGGGUCCGAUAAUGCAGUCGAGGAGAGAUCGUUCGUGGUCAGAACAGCAACACCUCUACGAGACGACAAUGACUGCAGUACAGAGGAGUAUUCAGAACUAGAGGACGAUGAACUGUUAUCGCGAUCUCACCGGCGGCCAUCGCGACCUAUCUUGAAAGACAGUCAGGAGCUAUUGGAUGUAUCACCACAAGUCGAUGACACCCCCAUUUUAGGCACCGGGAUGUAUAGUGGCGCGAAUGCUUUAGAGACUCCUCAAUCGGGUACUCGACCAUCAAGUCAGACGUCUACGAGAUCAAAGGAGGGUUCGCCGAAACAUGGAAUCGAAAGCGACACUGAGGGGAGCCCACCUAAGCCGGCUAAGUUGAUGAAGACUGAGAGUGUAGAUGACUCAACAUUCCCCUCGCCCUUCACUCGCACGCCAUCCUCAAGAAGCCUUAGCAGGCGGGCUUCUGACCUGGAAUCAGUUCGUUCUGGGAUUAUGCUCAGUGCUUCGUCAUACAGCGAUAAGAAAAAGAUACGAGAAUAUUAUUUCGCGAUGGGGAGGUAGUCUCAAAAACAACAAUAUCGAGGAGGCAGCAAUCCUCGUCUUUGACGGCUCCACCAGGACAACGAAGCUUAUGUUUGCGGUAGCACAAGGCAUCCCGAUCGUGUCAUUCAAAUGGCUUGAUGACUCAGAUAGCCUCGGUAGAUUUGUACCUUGUAAGUGAUACGCCGUCUGUUCCGGUACU